AUAUGAGCAAAAAAUGAUUAGAUUAUAAAAUAUUUCAAUGAGGGGCUAACCUAAAGAAAAAUUCCCUAGAAAAUUAAUUUUAAUAUUAUAAAUAAAUGAUGAACUAUCAAACGUCGUGGAUGCAAUAUUAAACACCUACAAACGUCGUAAAAUCGAUUGCAAAAAAAAUCGUUCAAAUCCGUUAUAGAUGAGGGGCUAACUACGUGGAGCCUGCAAUGUGGAAAAUCCUUUUGCUAGUGUCGUUUACCUACCCCUGAUAUAAUUUUCAUGGACUCGGUGUAAAUAUUAGUCCAUGGAACACUGAAAUAUCGACAAACAGAGAGACAUUCGAGCAAGCAGAUUUAAAAAGCGUGGAAGAUGAAAUAAAAUAUUUCAAGACUUUCCGUUUGACUAGCCCAGCUUCUUAAUGCUUCCCAAGGAGCUCUGGGCUUCAGAAUAAGGAUAUUCAGCGGCUGCGUUGCUAGCUAUAUUAUUCUGCAUCCCUUUCUCUCUAAGGGUUCUCAUCCACAAGGAAACGGGAAGAUGGACCAACUGGACCCAAGCCUUCUAUCACGCACACUUCGAACUAUUUUUGGGAAACGGUUGCCUCGGUGUGGGAGUAAUGAUGCUCCUUGCUUUGACAAUGGAACGUUACGUAAGCAUCUGCUAUCCAGGACAACAUACGAGGCCACUGUGUGGAUCACCAACUCUGAUGCUAGUCCUCAUUCCUUUGACUACGUUCCUGAUCUAUUUGCCAAGCAUCUUUCGUGGCGAGAUAACCACCUGUCUCUUAACGUCUGCCGGUCCGUUUAUUUAUCAGAAGAGAGACAACAUCUUCUUCAUGCACUCCUUGUUCUAUCAGGUAUACAAAGUCGUAUUGGAAAUCGUCUUUAAAGUCGCGCCGACCAUUCUGCUGGCCGGGUUUAAUCUACGGGUCAUGAUAGCCUACAGAAGAUCCUGCGAGCGUCGACGGAGCACGACGCUCUCGAGGACCGCGAGUAAUGACGAGGCUCACAGAACCUUCGCCGAGGAGAGGAGAUUGCUCCUAUUGCUGGGCAGCACCAGCAUCCUCUUUCUGGUUUGCGUCAGUCCUAUGGUCAUUCUCAAUGUGACUGUUAGCGAGAGCAAUCUUAGUCUGUAUCCUUAUCAGGUAGACUCCCCAUCUUUCCCUUUGUUGUUGACCGUGAUCCGGUAUAGGGGAAGUCAACCCUCUUUCCUCGUCUGUCUCUUCUUCGCCCAGAUUCUGUCUCCUGCUACGGACAUUAUUUCUCCGCAGGUCUUCCGAGCCCUGGCAAAUCUUCUCGAGAGGACAAAAACGGUCGGAACGUUCUCAUCAAGCGCUCGGGGAUACCGAUACCGAGGCUCACGAACACGACGACUACCGUCUAACAAUGUCACGGGCGCUACCAGGAUCAUCGCCAAGAGAAAAGCGACAGUGUCCGACCUUGUCUACGUUAUGGCUUCUCGGCGCUAUAGACCGACGGAUGCGAGAUUUCUUUUUAUUCCGUUGGAUAAGCCGACGCGAGGCUUCGGGCCUCUUUACGAUUCUUUGACGUAGGAAUAGCGGGAGGAAGAGGGAGGAAGGGAGAGAAACAGGGAAAGAUUUGAUCUGUACUUAUGUGUGAUGACUGCCAUUAGAUUUUUCUAUCGAUGCGAUGAGCGUCCCGACGCCAUUUUUAGAAAAAAUUCUUUUUUAGAUUAUACAUUUUUUAUUUUUUAUUCCUGUAAGUACCAAAAUUCAAUUUCACAACUAAACGACGGUAAUAUAUGUAUUAUAUAAAUGUAUAAAUGUAUAUUUUAUAAGAAAAUCUAUCUGUGAGAGGCGAAGGGACUCACAUUAAAAAAGCACCCUGUUUCUCAUAAUAAAAUAUUGCUG